AUGGCUCCCGCCUCCGCCACCCAGAAACCCAACGACGCCAAGGUCAAGAAGGAGACCUCCCGAGCUUCUAGCACUUCUAAGCUGGAGUCCGAUAGUCCAGCUACUGAGCUGAAUGGCACUGAACCGACAUAUUUGAAGGAGCUGCAAAAGUACGAAAAUGCCACUGCCAAGAUUGACACCAUCCUCGCCGAGAACGAAGGCAAGUCCCUCGACGACCUUGUGGCGGAGAAGAAGAUCAACUCCGACCAGAAAGCCCAAGCUCUGAAGAAACCUGCGCUACAGGCCGCCGUUGCACAGAUCGAGGAGCAGAUUGGUCACUACCAGCAGGUUGCUGCCCAAUACGAAGCGCGCUUGGAAACUCAGAAGGCUGCUCUCGAGAAGACACACCAGGAGGAGCUGGAGGCUGUGCGCGGCAACGCUAUUGCUGAUGCCACUGAGACGACUGCACGGGUCCUACGCGAACAGUUGCUUACUUUGAGCAAGUUCUUGUGUGCUGCUGCGAAUGUUCGACGUGCGGGUGAUGCCGAGUCGCUUGAGAGCCGUGCCUUUGAAGGUGUCUUGUUCCAGGUGUAUGGUGGCAACCAAGCUGCCGUCACCUCUAUGCUCAAGCUGAUUGACGGUGCGGAUGAGAAGGUCGCCAGUGUUGAGGGCGAAGCUCUGGAGCUCAGCUAUUGCGAUGUGAAACAGGCUUCCAACAAGUUUGCCCCGGUUGAAGAUACUCCUCAAGCCACUACCGAGACUGCUCCUACCUCCGAUCCCACCCUGGUCAACGCUGGCUUGACCGAACUCCAGGAUACCUCCAUCAGCACUCAAGGCGCCUCUGCCCAGAUUGAUUUGGCUGGCCAGAUUGCCCCGCCCUCGCAGACCUUGAUCUCCGAUGCGGCCAACCAAGUGGCUGACUCCAGCUAUGAUCCUACUUCUCUGGCCUCAUCAUCCACAACAGACGGUUGGGUGGAGGUUCCUCGUGACCCUGCCGAGACCGAUACUGGCCUGCAGGCCACUCCCGCCAACGCCGACGUGAACAAUGCUUCCGCUGCUGAGGCUCCUGGAACCAAGGGACCGAAUGGCGGCCGCAAUGGCCGCGGUCGUGGUCGCAACCGCAACGACGGCUCUCGUGGACGCGGCCGAGGUGAUUUCCAUGGCCGUGGAGACUUCCGUGGUCGGGGUCGGGGCGGUCGUGGAGGCCGGGGACGUGGAGGAGCCAACGGAUCCCCUGCUGCCACUCCCUCUCCGGAGAACCAGCAGCGGUAA